AUGGACUCUCUGGCCAAGCUGGGCGUGCCCGAGCUGGCGACGCAGUACGCGGCACGCGGCCUGGCCGUCUGCCACCGGCCCGUGGCGGAGGGCGAGGUGCCAGGCGGCCGCGUGCUGCUGCACUGCACCAGUGGCCUGGGCCGCUCCUGCACGGUGGCUGCCUGCCUGCUGCUGCACGUGCACGAGGACCUGACCGCCGACGAGGCGGUCGAGGCGGUACGCCGGCUGCGCGGCCCGCGCGCUGUUCAGUCUGUGCGCCAGUUUAACUUUAUCCAAGAGUAUCGCGAGGUGCGUGACGAGUUUCUGGCCGAAAUGGCCAUGCCCGAAUCGCGGCCGGUGUCUCGGUAA